GACUUAAAGACACAGACAGACGGUGAAGCUGCUCAAAGAUCUUUCAGCUCAAAAUGUCUACAGAAAUUCAAAGUGUUGAAGAUUUCAGGGUGAAAUACAGCAGAGGGUCCCAGGAGGAUGGAGGAGUGAGAGAGCAGAGUGAGGUGGAGGUGUUAGAUGAUGGAGAGCAGCACCCUGACGUUGGCCUACAAGAAGCUGAUGUUCACACCGAGAAGAAGCUUCCAGCUGUGAGAAGAAGCUGGUUCAGAGCUUUUGAAGUGAACCUGGGAGUGCUGUAUCUGCUGAUUGUGGUGGGAAUCAUGACACGCUAUGCUUUGAACAAGAGUGAAUUCAACAAACUUCACUUCAAACACAAUAAACUGAACCACAGUUACAACGAGCUACAGACUGAACAUCAAGAGACAAAACGACUCAACAGUCAGUUACAGGAAGAAGUGAAGAAGCUGAAGGAGAAGAUAGAAGGGAAGUGUCCUGAAGGAUGGACGAGAUUUGGAAGCAAGUUUUACUUUAAAUCCACUGAGAACAAAACUUGGUCUGACAGCAGGAGAGCCUGUCAGGAUAAAGGAGCUGAUCUGGUGAUGAUAAACAGCAAAGAGGAACAGGAAUUUGUCAGUAAUUUCAGAGGAUUCUCUUGGAUUGGUCUGAGAUCCAACCAGACAUCAAGAGGAUAUGAAUGGGAAUGGGUGGACGGAUCAGCGCUGACAGAAACGUGA